AUGGCGAAUGAGGUGAUUCUUCUUGAUUUCUGGCCGAGCAUGUUCGGGAUGAGGACGAGGAUCGCGUUGAGGGAGAAAGGCGUCGAAUUCGAGUACAGAGAAGAGGAUCUGAGGAACAAGAGCCCUCUGCUUCUCCAGAUGAAUCCGAUUCACAAGAAGAUCCCGGUUCUCAUCCACAACGGCAAACCGGUUUGCGAAUCAACCAUCCAGGUCCAGUACAUCGACGAGGUCUGGUCUCACAAGAACCCCAUCCUCCCUUCCGAUCCUUACCAGAGAGCCCAGGCUCGUUUCUGGGUUGAUUUCAUCGACAAAAAGAUGUACGAUGCACAGAGGAAGGUGUGGGCGACGAAGGGAGAUGAACAAGAAGCAGGGAAGAAGGAGUUUAUUGAGCUGCUCAAGGUUCUUGAAGCCGAGCUUGGAGACAAGCCUUACUUUGGUGGUGAUGACUUCGGCUAUGUAGACAUUGGAUUGAUUGGAUUCUACACUUGGUUUCACGCGUACGAGAAGUAUGGCAACUUCAGCAUCGAAGCAGAGUGUCCGAAAUUGAUCGCUUGGGCUAAGAAGUGUCUGCAGAGGGAGAGCGUGGCUAAGUCCUUGCCUGAGUCUGAGAAAGUUACUGACUUUGUCACUCAGCUGAGGGAUCUGUAUCUAGCUAAGUAG